AUGACGCUCGCAUCGCUAUUCCUGGAAUUCAGCGUGUGGGACUAUGAUCGCCUCUCUGAGAACAACGCCCUCGGCCAGGUCAUCGUCAGUCUUGCCGACCGUAACCUGCUAUCAGGUCAGCCGUGCUGGUUAGCUUUACAGCCAACGGAUGCUCGUCCAUCUGUUCAACAACUCAACGCUCCACUCGAUACCCAGCGGACCCAUGUCUAUCACUACAAUCCAGCGUCACUCGACAUCGGAUAUCCGGCCAUUAACUGA